AUGUCUUCGGGUCUUAGUUCCUUUUCCGGAGCGACGUCUAGCAGCGGCUCUCGCUCUUUUUCCGUCGGCAGCGACUCUGAUUCAUGGUCUCGGCAUGGUGCCAAAAGAUGCUUCCCGCCUCCUCGCGAAUAUGCUUCAAUGGACACCCAGAUCCCAACCUCAGGCGCUCCAAAACAGCCAUCACCGGACUUUGAAUUUCGUGUAGCAUAUGGUGGGCUUCCAGGCAUUCCACAUACCUCUGGUGGCAUGCCUUUCUCACCAGUUACAUCACUUCCGCGCCCCGGCCCGCUGUACCGGGACUGGGAUCACCCUGCGCGUCUCCCCUCGGAACCUCCCCGGCAUGAAUUCGAAUUCGUCAAACCUUUGGAAAUACAAGAAUGCCUCGUUGAAAGAAAUAGCAGGCGUAGCGCUGAAAAGGCCAAGGCUACUGCUCGUUACCAUUCACAGAGACGGCCUUCGAACCGUGAUGAGUUUGACGGACCCCACCAGUUGCUGAAGUUGCCAUCCCCACGUGUCAUAGAGGAGCAGGGGAGGGAGCUACCCCACUUGCCUACUAAUCUUGAUGUCUCAGAACAAGAUCGGAUCUUGAGCGGAGUGAACGACCGGCUGUCUCAAUGUGCCUUUGACUUCGUUGCCAAGUAUCAAUUUCCAAUCCCCUUGGAACCUGACAAGAGAGAGGUGAGGAUUCCCUCGGACCGCGAGUGGACCGAAUGGGUAUAUCUUCUGAAAAGACUGGCCACCAAGCGUCGCAUCCCUGCUCGGGUACUCUACAAUGGUCAGAUCAAGCAACUGGUCACGGUAUUGGAAAACUCACUUGAAAUGAGGCAUGCUGCCAAGCAUCAAUCCAGACCCAUUAAGGAUGACCGCAACGUGCUCCAGCUCAUCUCAGCUGGUACGCAGGUUGCCAAAAUGCUCAAAGAUGCCAGUGCCAUGGAAUAUCUAGACAAGCUCUAUCUGGAAACUGAGCGACGUAUUCAGGAUCGGCGCAGCCGGCGCGUGAAAUUUGUCAGCCCUUGA